CACUCGUCGACGAGCAACCGUCAGGUCAGAUCGAACUUGGGUGAAUUGACCCUGACCCCUUGCCGGCUCACAACUUCGGAUGAUAUGGCAAGGUCCAGCAGAGAAUGGGUCUGAUCGGCAUAUGCCAUCGACAGCAUUGAGAUUCUUCGAGGCGCUAGAGACACUUCAGGGCAAUGUGGCCAGCCCCUGGUGUCCACCAGCGUCGCGUAGAUAGCGACGCCCCCCCACAGAAGCAUAUCUUCUCUCGUUCGCACACUAUUCCCAUUGUAUGUUUCAAGCUCGAGACUCACCUCCAGCUGCAGAAAGCUACCCGUGCCCUGACCAUCAUGCCAACAAUGGAUCCGCUCCAGCUGUUCGACCUGAUGAUGGAUGAGACCGACCAGACAACCUUCCUGCAGCUUUUCAGCAGCUUCUGCCGUCACUCUUCGAACGAUGCUGUUGCUCUGAAACCCUCCUCGUGGUUCAAAAGAGAAAGCAUUCUACCGCCUCUGCCCGAAGUUUGGCGAAACACCGCUGCCGAUGUACUUGCUCAAGCGACAUUUACCAAUAUCAAAGUCGACAAUCUGCGAGAAUCGUCUCUUCAGCUCCUCAGACCGGGAAACAUGCUGGAUCAUGAGUUGGUAGAAGCUUAUAUUGGUCUUAUACGCCAGGAAGGUGCCAGUAUAUGUUCUACGAGACUGUUUGACUCCAUUGAGCUUGGCACUCCACAGCAGACCACAGACCUACUCAUUGACUACCAGCAAGUGUGUCAUCGUGUCGGAUCACUUCAUCUUGAACAAGCCGAAGCUGACGAGAUCGUACCGUCAUUCCGAUAUCGGAUCCUUGCUGAACUUCUAGCCGGUACUUUGGACCCUUCAGUCACGGAACACGAGAGAUUUGUGUCUCAAACGGUGCGGGAUCAGUCUGCUGAAACUGCGGAUGAUACCCGAGAUCUGAUCCCGAAAGGAAGUUUGGAUGAAGAUUCGAUCUCCGUGGACAGCACGCAACCAAGAUCUUCGCAGCUGCGGAAGGAAAAGCAUGAUGGAAGCUCGUUCGUAGACACUUGUGUCAAGUCAUUCGCCAGUGAAAAGUCGAUGCUUGAAAUCCUCAAUCUUGCGGUCCGCUUUCACCGUGUUACUAAACCAGAUGUCAUCACUGAUCAAGGUCUCGAUUUCCUUUACCACAAGGUGGAGAAUGAUGACCAUGCUCAGGAUAUCCUGAGAAAUCGCCAUUAUCGCGAGCAGUACUCACGUAUGUUCUACCGGUCUCUAAAACAGAUUGGUGGGACCUCGUUUCGUGCUGAUAAUUGGGUCCGUGCCGCCAUGCAACAGAUCAUGCGGCUGCCCCCAGAUACCAAGUUGUGGAAAGCUGCACAAUCGCAUGCAUCCAGAUCAACAGUAUGGGCAGAGUUGCUUGAUAUCUUCCAGGGGCAUUUGGACUUUCCAUGUACUGCAUUGUGCGGGACUUGUGAAUCAACGGCGGCAAUUGAGGGGUUGAGUAGGAAGUCACGGGAUUUGUUUUUUCUUGGGCUUCGACAUCGUUUACAAGAUCCAGCGGAUGGCAUGCUUAAGAACCUUAAAGCUGCAAGUGCGUUAGCUCGUGCUCUUUUGUAUAACCAUCUACCUGACUUUACUCUGGCGAUUGAACGAAAGACAGAUCUCGAUUUGAUGGACUUUGAGGCAGCUGUCAGCGUUGAGGAGAAACUUCGUCUGCCGUCUGGGUAUUGA